GAUCUGCCUAUGUUUCUUUUAUGUUCUGUUCUGAUAAAUUGGACAUGAUCCUAGAAUUGUUCUUCCAUCCCUGCAACAGAACCAUUCUAUUUUUGUAACUACCUAUUGCUUUGUGUUUGUUGCGUUGUUUGUUUGAAUCUUCUCAAUCCCUUCCCCGAAGAAUGAGUCAGAGUCAGAAACAAAAACAAAGACAGAAACAAAGACAAAGUCAAGUGUUUUAGGUGGGAAUAUGGAACACAAUAUUGUAGACUCAAAAACCGCAAAUACCACCUUCUUACCCUUUUACUAUUACCACAUCUUUGAACAACCCCAAUUCAUUACCUACUCAAUAUUCAACACUAUAGCAAAAAUGCUUCAAUGGGUGUGAAUCAAUUCUCAAUCUUUUUCAUCACCCUUUUAGCAACAUCAACAUGUUAGGAGAAGAAGAAAAAGAGAUGAAACCACCCUCCAUCAGGAGAACCUAUUCACGUUCAGCUUCAUGGACAGAUCGUUCUCCAAACAGCCGUAAACCACCGCGACCAAGCUUGCCACCUCUUCAACCUCUUUCUAUCAAUAAACGUAGCGUUGAGGAAUGGCCAAGUGCUGGAUCUGAUGAUCUUGGUGUUUGGCCGCUUCCACAGACUCCGAGAGGUUCCAUCGCAACGAAUGAACCUGUGCAGGAUUUUCAGUUUAAAAGAGAUAAAUUGGCUUUCUUUGACAAAGAGUGUUCUAGAAUUGCUGAACAUAUUUACUUAGGAAGUGACACGGUGGCGAAAAACCAUGAGCUUCUUAGACAGAAAGGAAUAACACAUGUGCUUAACUGUGUUGGAUUUGUUUGUCCUGAGUAUUUCAAAAGUGAUUUUGUUUAUAAAACUCUUUGGUUGCAGGAUAGUCCUACGGAGGAUAUAACAUGUGUUCUCUAUGAUGUGUUUGAUUACUUUGAGGAUGUUAGAGAACAAGGUGGUCGUGUUCUUGUUCAUUGCUGUCAAGGGGUUUCUCGAUCGACGGCUUUGGUGAUUGCUUAUCUCAUGUGGAGGAAAGGGCAGAGCUUUGAAGAUGCUUUUCAGUUUGUGAAGACUGCAAGGGGAGUCACAAAUCCUAACAUGGGUUUUGCUUGUCAACUCUUGCAGUGUCAGAAACGUGUACAUGCUAUGCCUGCAAGUCCUAAUUCUAUUCUAAGGAUGUAUCGAAUGGCUCCUCACUCUCCGUAUGAUCCUCUACAUCUUGUUCCUAAGAUGGUUAACCAACCAGGUUCACUAGCACUUGAUUCUCGCGGCGCUUUCAUUGUUCAUGUUCCUUCAGCUAUUUAUGUUUGGAUUGGAAAAAAUUGUAACUUGUUCAUGUCUUGCAAUGCAAAGAGUGCGGCUUUUCAGGUUGUGCGCUAUGAAAGGGCAAAUGGUCCGAUUCUGAGCAUCCGUGAAGAUCAAGAAUCAACUGAGUUUUGGGCUGCUCUUUCUGAUGAACAACGUGUGUCAGGUGAUUCUGAUAAACAACUGGUUUUGCCUACUGAAAAGAAAGAGAUUGGUCUAAGAAAAGUCGAUGCAUAUGAUUUGGAUUUCGAGAUUUUUCAUAAGGCAAUUUCUGGUGGGGUUGUUCCGCCUUUUUCUGAAACUAGUGCUGGAUCGGAAACUUGUCUUCCUGCUAGAGAACAUGGCUGGGCAAGAUUGAGGCGGAAGUUUGCUAGUGGUGUGAUGAAAGAAAUCUUAACAUCUCCUAAAUGGAAGUGUGAUGUGAUUAUGGAGGAAGAAAAACAAGAUUUUGUAGCUGAUGAUGAUCCCUUGUCAGCGUCACCAUCAUCAAAUCAUCCCAGUGACUGUGGCUCCCCAGAUUCCUUUGAAUGCUAUCUAACCAGCUUGGACAGAGGAAAAGAUACUGUUGAAGCCAUGGACUUGUCUGAAUCUGAUCCUGGUGUUUCUUCUUUGCCGCCACUAUCUCCCUGUGGCGGUUAUUUUCCUUGUGGUUUUCUAUGCAGCAGCCCGAAAUUCAAUUCCAAGUCGCCAACACUUUCGCCUUCAAGUUCUGAUUACGCAAGUUCAUUUACAUUUUCGCCGUCCUCUACCAAUUGGUCAGACUUGUCAUUUGUGUCUUCUCAGCAGCCAUCACCAUCUGGCCAGGAAUCAAUUGAACCUUUGUAUGUUAAAGAUCUGUCUUUCUCAACGAGUUCCUCUUUACUUAACAAAGAAGUUCUUCUAUCUUCACCUUCAGAGUCAUUUUCAACUGAUCACACCUUGGGAGGGGAAAACUCGUAUUUGCCAUCAAAAGGAUCUUUUCUCUCUAUUGCACAGCGUAGAGGGAGUAAUAUACCGCCUCGGAUGUUGCUACCCUCUGUCAAUGAAUCCUCUAAAGUCCAUAAGAACCUGGUAAGAUCACAGUCAUUCCAUUUGCCUGACUUAGAUGUUAAGAAAGAUGAUAGUUACAAUAAAUCUGAUCAUGAAAACAGUAGGAAAUGGCUAAUAGCAGAUAACGAUAUCAUUAGGUCAGCUGUUAAACAGCAGAGUGAGAUUAGUAAUAAAGAAGAUCAUGGUAUCAUGUUAUGUAAUAAGAUGGCUGAGCUUGAAGUAGAGGAGAAAUGAAUAGAAUCAGUGGAGCCGGAAUCGGCUGAUUUCUAUAUGUACAUUUGCACUCACACACACACACGCUCAGACUCUAUUCAGUAUAUGCCCAUUAAAGAUUGUAUGCGUGCUGUGCACUGGUUCUGUUGAAGUACAAACCAAUAUAUAAAUAUACAAAUAUUAAAUUUAGUGGGAUAUAGAGCCUAUCUUUCUCUUGAUUUUAAGUGCAUUUGGUGUUUUCCUAUUCUUGUUUGCUCAUCAGUUCAGCACUAUUGCCAUAAUGAUGAGGCGAAGCUAGCCAGCAAUGCAAGCAAUCCAUCAAUCACUAAUAUUAAAUUGAUGUAUACAAAUCAAACAACCUUUGCAUGAAACGACAGCGAAACUAGAGUGUAUAAAUGAUCACUUAUUGAAUGUUGUAAAAUGUUAGUACCAUCAGUUAUUGGUCACUGUUUGCACUGAUAAACAAAAUGAAGUUUCAAUUUGAUUAAUAGGAAAAUUGAUUUAGUUUAACAUGCUUGGUCUGAUUCAGUCAACUAUUAGUUUGUUUAAAUGCAAUGCAACUAUCAGUUAAAAUACUAUUAUACCAUUAUAUGAUAUACAAUUCAGUUGGCCAACUAUACAAAAUACUAACGGCAUAUGUUUGUCACUUUAAAUGCGACCAUAUCCAGAUUUUGCUUAGCAGU